GAAAAAAAGCACAGACGUAUAGGAUCCAUGGUUUUCUAGAACCGGAAUAGUGGGACGCUGAAAUAAUCUAAUUGGAUUCCCACAUCCGCUCCUUUCUCCUUUGUUUUACAUCCUGUAGCAUAACCUUUUAAAACAGCGAAUUUCAAUCCUGUCACCGCCUACUUAAAACCCUUUGAGGUUAAAGGAGAGGGUUUUCAGUAGUCUUUUUCUACUCUGGAAGCAGCAGUGGAGGAAGUGAAUUGGGGGAAGCUGGCAGGGUGGGCAUUUUGAACACGUGCUUAGGAGACUUCCUGGAAGUUUUAUGAAAGUGCUAGACUAGCUGUGCUGGGUGCUAGAAAGUGGUGAACAAGAUAAAGGCCCUGGCCUCAGAGACGGACAUGAAGACAGUACAAAUCUAUUUACUGCGAGAAGUAAAGGGGAAGCGCUGUGUGUGAAAGGGGAACAUUUAAGCUACUAGGGGGAAUCUGGGAAGGUCUCCCUGAGAAACGUCAUUUUAUAUGUGAAAGAUGAUUAGGAGAAGGGAGUUGAGCUUAGCUUUGUGGGCAGAAUGAACAGUAUGUGCAAAGGCCUGGAAGUGGAGAAAGCAUGUGUGGCUUAUGGAAUUGGAAUUGAGAGAAUGCCAGUGUGGCUGGGGAUGAGGCUGACAAGGGUCAACAGUGCAGAGAAGGGAUGCAUUUCAACUUUGUUUCUCCAACUCUGUGCCUGGCUAAAUGUAUGAUGAGAAUACAUUGUUCAAAGACCAAACCAACUUGCCCUUGGGGGUCUGGACUGUGUUAGGGAGGUAGGUGAGGCUGGGAGGUGACUGAUGGACUGUGAGGCUAAAAAAGAAGAAACAGGUUGGUGCCGAAAGGUCACACAUUCAAAAGUCUCCAGAGGCCAGCCAAGCUCCUUCCCUGUUUAAAACCAUCAACUGUUCUUCAGCUUCAGGUUAUUGUUUCCCUGUGGGAACAUGAUCUCACUUUUUUCCUCAGAUAUUUCCAACUUUCAAGCUUAAAGUUGAAAUUUAUGUGAAAUUUCACGAUUUUUCAGUGUUGAUGACUAAUUCAGAAAAUCUUCAAAACGUUCUUUGGGUCAAACGAUGUGACAGAGGCUGCCAGUUUGAGACCUCUGACUUAAGUAACAUGGUAAAUCCAAAGACUGAGUAGGAGAUUCAGCUUAAGUGGGGAAGUAGAAAUGAUAGAGGAGAGAACAAAAUGUCAGGAAGGAUGAUUUUAGAAUGUAGAGAUUUUGCAUAAGCUGGAACAGCAUGACUUCUUUCCUGAGCCCCAGUUUCAUUUGUUCAGCUACCUGCUGGACAUCUUCACAGAAUAUUCUGUGGUAUAUCCUCAAAGACAAGCAUCUAAAAGUGAAUGCCUCAUUUCUUCCAAACCUGUUCCUCUUUCAGGUGUUAACUCAUUUUUCUUAGUAGUAGUGUUCUCUUCCUAGCUACACUGGCUCAAAGCACAUAACUAUAUGUCAUUAUUUAAUAAUAUUAAGCAUGUUGUUUAAUGGGUGCAGUGUUUCAGUUUCACAAGAUGCAAAGAGUUAUGGAGAUGGAGGGUGGGGAUAGUUGUGCCACAGUAUGAAUAUAUUUAAUACCACUGAACUGUAUACUUCAAAAUGGUUAAUUGCUAAAUUUUGUGUUAUGUGUAUUUUACCACAAUAAAAAGUGUUGUCAAACAAACAAACAAACAAACAAACCCAAAUAGCUAUUUAAAAUUUUCCCACUCUGUAACUCAUUUCCAAUAAAUUAUCAGAUUCUUUUAAUUUUGUUUUUGUAGUAAGUUUCAUUCAUCCUGUCCUUUCUUCCUUAGUUUAGGCUUGGUUACCAUGGCUCUUAAUAGCUUUGCAGUGGCUCCAUCCUCAACACUUAUGGCCAUUUCUCAUAUUGUUAUAAGAGUCACUUUUCUAAAUAGAGGGUAUUAUUAUCAAUGCCCGUAUUUAAUGGCACUUUUCUGUUUUUAGCCCUGAAAGCAGAACACUUUACAUGAAUUAUCUCAGGUAAUCUGUACUUCAAAUCUACGAGGAGGGUGCUAUCAAUCACUUAUAGAUGAGGAAACAGAAUUCUCUAACGUCACCGGUAGGAAAUGGUGGAGCUGGGAUUCUAAACCAAAACUAUUGUACUGCAGAGUCCCUCAUGUCACUCCCUGCUUAAAUCUGUAGGGCCCACUAAGGUGUUUCAGGCAAAGGAGACAGGCAAAAUGAUAAUGUGUAUUGGGGGGACAUGUAGUAGCCACUCACCAAAUUUGUCAGGAACAGUGGUCAGAGACUUUGUGUGUUGGAACACAGAAUAAAUAACAGGUUAUAACAGAAUAAAUAAAAUAACACUAUGCCUAACCUGGCUCUCCCAGACCAGCUGAAACAAAAUAUCUGGGAAUGGGGCCCAGGAUGGGUGUUUUUAAAUGCUCCCCAGAUGAUUCUGCUUUACAGCCAGGGUUGAGAACCAUUGGUCUAGAAUAUGGAGCUUAUGGAGUGGGAGGUCAGGGAGGGCAAUAUAACAGUAGGAAAUAAUACUGGAAAAGUAAUUUAUUUUGACAUUUGCCAUUUUUCGUUUGUUAGAUAUUUUAGAGGCUGUAUGUUAUGUUUUGCCAACUGUUGAGCGUGUAAAACAAAGCAAACAAAAAACUGGGGUCAAAUUGGAAAGGAGAACAAAAUGCAUCUGGUAGUAUGCUAUGAUACUACUUUUGUGUUCAACUCAGUUGAAGUUUGCUGCUAAAGAUGGCAGACCCAGAUGUCCUCACCGAGGUUCCUGCAGCAUUGAAGAGGCUAGCCAAGUACGUGAUCCGGGGGUUUUAUGGCAUUGAGCAUGCUUUGGCCUUGGACAUCUUGAUCCGGAACCCCUGUGUGAAAGAGGAGGAUAUGUUGGAGCUGCUCAAGUUUGAUCGGAAGCAACUUCGAUCAGUUUUGAAUAAUUUAAAGGGAGAUAAGUUCAUCAAAUGCAGAAUGAGGGUAGAGACUGCUGCAGAUGGGAAAACCACUCGCCAUAACUACUACUUUAUUAAUUAUCGUACUCUUGUUAACGUGGUAAAAUAUAAAUUGGACCACAUGAGAAGGAGGAUUGAAACUGAUGAGAGAGAUUCCACCAACCGGGCUUCCUUCAAAUGUCCUGUCUGUAGUAGUACUUUUACGGACUUAGAAGCUAAUCAGCUCUUUGAUCCUAUGACAGGAACUUUCCGCUGUACUUUUUGCCAUACAGAGGUAGAAGAAGAUGAAUCAGCAAUGCCCAAAAAAGAUGCACGCACACUUUUGGCAAGAUUUAAUGAACAAAUUGAGCCCAUUUAUGCUUUGCUUCGGGAAACAGAGGAUGUGAACUUAGCCUAUGAAAUACUUGAGCCAGAACCCACAGAAAUACCAGCCUUAAAACAAAGCAAGGACCGUGCAGCAACCACUGCUGGAGCUGCUGGCCUGGCAGGUGGGCACCACCGGGAAGCAUGGGCCACCAAAGGUCCCUCCUACGAGGACCUAUACACUCAGAAUGUUGUCAUUAACAUGGAUGACCAAGAAGAUCAUCGAGCCUCACUAGAGGGGAAAUCUGCCAAAGAGAGACCCAUUUGGUUGAGAGAGAGCACUGUCCAAGGAGCAUAUAAUUCUGAAGAGAUGAAGGAAGGUGGCAUAGAUAUAGAUGCGUUUCAGGAGCGUGAGGAGGGCCGUGCAGGGCCAGAUGAUAACGAGGAGGUCAUGCGAGCACUGCUCAUUCAUGAGAAGAAGACCCCCUCUGCCGCAGCAGGCUCAGUGGGGGCGGCUGCUCCUGUCACUGCUGCCAAUGGCAGUGACUCGGAGAGUGAGACCAGUGAGUCAGACGAUGACUCCCCACCUCGACCAGCAGCUGUGGCAGUACAUCAUCGGGACGAGGAUGACGAGGAGGACGAUGAGUUUGAGGAAGUAGCAGAUGACCCCGUUGUUAUGGUGGCUGGCCGACCAUUCUCCUACAGUGAAGUGAGCCAGCGGCCAGAGCUAGUGGCCCAGAUGACACCAGAGGAGAAGGAAGCAUACAUAGCAAUGGGACAGCGCAUGUUUGAGGACCUCUUUGAGUGAGCUUUCCCUAUCUUUUCUUCCUUUCUCCAAUGCUAAUUUCAAAAAGAAAUUCCCUACCUUUGAAGAAAAGUGUUUAAGUGGUGUUCUGCCUUUCUUGAAGUAAAGAGCUCAAGAAUAAUGGGAGAGAAAGUUUGAUUUUUAUGCCAGAAGCUUCCCCAAAGGUAGGUUGGCUAUAAGCAUUUCCUUCCCUGUUAUUACUACAGUAUUAAUACCUUGCUGUAUUUCAAAUUUACCUAAUCUUUGCCCCAUUUUUCUCCCCUUCUGAAAUGAAUGCAGGCAGUCUUCCUGUCUGCCUGUAGAAGCCCACUAUGAUAGGUUAUACGAAUUCACUGAUCACCUCCGUUUUGUUCUCACCAAGGAUUCCCAACAGUUCCUGGUAUUGCUGCCAAGAAGUUUGGCAACAGGCGAAUCAAUGAUGAGUGACAGAAAAAAAAAUCUUAAAACUUCUUACUGUCACACAGUUGAGGAUUGGAGUCAAUAUAUAAGACUCUGAUGAAAAUUUGUGUCUUUCGAGCUGACUUGACUGAUAGUGUAUUGUUUUGCUUCAUGCCUUUUGGUUUGGCUGUUGGAUGAUAGAAAACAGAAUGUAUACUUGGUAAGCCCUUGUGAAAUUAGGAAAAAAAACAUGGAUAUAGGACGAGUUCCUGUACAGGGUUGAAGAGUGGAGAGCAUUGGGAACAGUGCCUUUUAGAAUUGCCUGAAUUUGUGCUGAUUUGGACAUCCUUUAUGGAAAGCUGAGACUGGUUCCCUUCUUUUUCCUAUCUUCUACAGUGGUAUAAAUUGUUGAAUGAGGCCAUUCCAGCAGAAAUCAGCAUAUAAAAAUUAUUGCUCCUCUCUUUUUUUUCCUUUCUUAACAUCAUUGAAGGCCUUCUUUGUCUCUCUUUUGAUUCUUGUCCGACAUGGUGUUUUAGAAUACAUCUAGUGCAUCGUUGAACAUUGUAACCUCAAGGAAUGUAGCUUACUUUAGGUUCUGAUGUAUAGCAUGGUAUUAUUCCCUAAGGCAGAACUUUAAAAAUAAAGAAUAUUCAUGCAAGGGUCUAUGGCAAUUGUAUUUUUUUUGUAAUAUUUUUCCUUGCAUUAUAAUUUUUAAGUAUUUAUCAUAUUAUAGUACACGUGUGAAGAUAGAUUUUAGAGUAUCUGAGCCUUGUAUGAAGUGAUGUUUCAUUUACUUGGGUUGUAUUAAUGAUUGAAUAUUGACAAUAAAUCUAUUUUAUACCGACCAAAAUUUGUUAAUUUCUAGCUCUGUAACAUCUUGGAGCAUAAUUAAAAUGAAUACUCUUCCCAUUAAAA